GGCAAAAAAAGGAGAGAUGAGGUUUUCUUGACCUCCAUUUUCUGCAGUUUCUUCUGCAUAGAUACCCUCUCUCUCUCUCUCUCUCUCUCGAUCUCUACAUGAUUGCUUGCAAAGCGUUUGUGGAAAUGCGGAUCGUCUCAGCUCACCAAGAAGCAUCAUUCUAGCCCUAUCUCUCCAUCUUUUCUGCAAAUUUUUCUCACACAAUUAAGCUACUACCAUCUUCUUCAUCUGUCUGUUCUUGAGAGGCGCUGUACUAGGUAGCUUAGCUUAGCUUAACAACAACAAUGGUGAGACAAAGAAUCGAGAUCAAGAGGAUCGACAGCUUGUCGGCGAGGCAAGUGACCUUUGCCAAAAGAAGAAGAGGGCUUUUCAAGAAAGCCCAGGAGCUUUCCACGCUCUGCGAUGUCGAAGUCGGCCUCAUCGUCUUCUCCGCCACCGGAAAACUCUCCGACUAUUCCAGCUCCAGUAUGGUGCAAGUACUUGCAAGGCACAAUAUGCAUUCAGAGAAAAAUGAGAAUGAUCUUGAGCAUCAUCAUCAUCCUCAGCCACCUCUCCAGCUUCAGCAAGAUAAUAGAUAUACCCAUGCCAUGCUCCUGGAGGAGUACAAGGAUAAGGACCACCAUUUAAGGCAACUCAAUGGAGAAGAUCUGCAAGAGCUUGGCAUGGAGGAACUGAUCAGACUGGAGAAACAGAUGGAGAGAGGGCUGAGCCGUGUCCAGAAAACGAAGGAUGAUAUACGUUUGAAAGAGAUGAGUGCUCUCAUGAAAAAGGAAGCUACAUUGAAGGAUGAGAAUGCGCAAAUGAAGCAGUUUUUCGAUCAGAUGGGAUCUUCCAUGGCGGCCCAAGAGGACAAACCACCACCAGAUCAACAAGGGCAAUAUGAUGAUUCAGUCACAAAAACUUACAACUUAGCUCACAAUCACCAUCAUGAUUGCAACUCUGAUACAUUCCUCACGUUGGGGUAAGUAUGUUGAACGUCA